AUGAAAUCAAAUUCAUCGAUAACUUCAAUGAAAGAUUUCGUUUUUUCUUGGAAGUCCUUACCUGAUAAAUCUUCAAUGAUGAAUUGGAAUAUGCAUAAUCUCAAAUAUUGCGAAUCGCUAACGUCUUUCCAUUCAGCUAUCCAAAGCCAACACCAGAAUCAAAUUGGAGCAUCACCUAAAGACAACAAGAAAAAUUAUUUAAAGCUCAAAAUAUUUACAAAAAAGUUAUCGAUGAAUUUAGAAAUCAUUUGUGCAAUAUUAACAACUGGAAAAAUAAGAAAAUUUUCUUCGCAGACACGAACGAAGACGAGGAAUCGCGGGGUUUUCACAAUUUGUACAAUAAAUUUAAAUUUUCCUGGUAGUUUGGAAUGUGAUACAUUUAAAGACCAAAAUAUCUGA